AUGAGCUUGAAGACUCCCAUCGACGUUGGGGACGCAGGAAGUAAAGAUUCUGGUGAACAGACACUUGAACUUACGAUUGAGUCUUCGGCGUUCUCAGAUUCCAACAGCGAUGACGAUCAGGACAUAGAGGAGACGCGAAAGUCUACGGCCGAUACGAACUCCAACCUAGGGCUGGACAGCUCUUCCGACGUCACAGCUAAGCCGCUCGAGGACGCUCCUCACUCGAAAGACGAGAGAUACGAGGAUCUGUUGCCUCCAACUAGCCCCAAAAGUCCCGGGAGCCGCAGCUCAGAGCCCGCGAACGAAACCAAGGAGAAAAUAAAGCGUGAUUCCUUUCUAAAAAGAUUUACAGUGUUCGCUGGGGUUCCGGGACAAACAGCAGUCAGCUCUCAGCGAUCCAGUCUGUAUUCGCUUACUGGUUUUGGAGACUUUCGGCGUUUUUCGUUGGCUAGUUCUGUCAGUUCUCAGGCUACUGAGAAGAGUGAUGCGACUCAUAGGUCCUCUGGUUCUCAUGGCAAGCUUUCGAAGUACAUCAGUUCGUUUAGUGGAGACACUGCCUUUCCCAACCUCGACUUCGCAGAAGCCGUAUCUGGCCCCAGUCAAUCCUUGAAAGAGGGUAAAACAGAGGACGAGCAGGCGAUUUCCUUCCAAAAGAAGCUGAAGCACAUCCGCGAAAUCACCGGAACCCAGGUCGAUCUCCGCGCCGAAGAAGACUCCGACUCCCCACAGCGACCCAACGACCCCAGAAUGUGGCACACGAAGAAUCUAAGAUGCGCCUCCUGCAUGGGAGCCUGCGCGGUUUGCCAUGCUGCGUGCUGCAUGUACGAGGCUGGCUGUCGCGCGAAGAAGGAUCCUGAAACAUGCGCUUUCAAAGCUGCCCAGGCUGAGAGGAUCGUUUCGAAUAUUGAGGCAUUGGGGUCGCAUGUUCGGGAUAAUACGACCUUCAUUAUGUGUACUUUGGGUGGGGGUUGCGGGCGAUAUGUCUGCCCAGAGUGCUGUGGGAUUUGUCUUAAUGUGGCUUGUCGGGAUGUUCAGUGCAAGGAAUGUAAACCCGAUCCCUGGGGUCCUUGCGACUGGCAUGAUGAAGGCAUCACAUUGCUGUAAUGUAAUAUGUCGGGCCGCUUAAUGAUAAACCAAAGAGAAAUGGAAGAAGAAGGCAAUUGUACUAGUACUGGAGACGAGUGAGGGCUACCGAAAUAGCAUAUAUACCUGCCUAUAAAGCGGAC